AUCCAGUCUAGAGGUGACCCGGAAAUGAUUCUGCCCGGAAUGGUCAUGUGAAAGGGCUGUAUCCCAAACAACUGCAAAUGGACGUCGGCUGUUGGCUGCAGCCUGAGGCUGACGAGGGAUUCCGUGCCGGAAGAGUGUGGCUCCGUUGAUCAUGACCAGCAAUCUGGACAUUUUUGUGGGGAACACCACUUUGAUCGAUGAGGAGGUCUAUCAACUGUGGCUAGAUGGGUAUUCGGUGGACGAUGCCGUCUCUCUUCGACUGCGUUGUGGCAUCUUGGAGCAGACGGGGGCCACGGUGGAUGUCCUCCAGAGUGAUACCAUGGACCAUUACCGCACCUUCUACAUGCUGGAGCGCCUCCUCCACUCACCCCCCAAGUUGCUGAACCAGCUGCUCUUCCAGAUUCCCCCCUGCCGCCAGACCAUGCUGAUCGAAAGGUACUACGCCUUCAAUGACGCCUUUGUCCGAGAGGUCCUGGGCAAAAAACUCUCUAAAGGAACCAAGAAAGAUCUGGAUGAUAUCAGUGCCAAAACCGGGGUGACCCUUAAGAGUUGCCGUCGGCAGUUUGACAAUUUUAAGCGUGUUUUCAAGGCCGUGGAGGAACUGCGUGGGUCGUUGGUAGAAAAUAUUCAGCAGCACUUCUUGCUUUCGGACCGGUUAGCCAGGGAUUACGCCGCCAUCGUGUUCUUCGCAAACAGCCGCUUUGAGACGGGGAAGAAGAAGCUGCAAUACUUGAGCUUCGAGGAUUUUGCCUACUGCGCCGAACAGAUGAUCGAGAAUUGGACUUUGGGGGCAGUGGAUACCAACGUGGAUGAUAUGGACGUCGACUUGGAUAAAGAAUUUUUGCAGGGCCUUAAAGAGUUAAAAGUUCUGAUUGCGGACAAAGACUUAUUAGAUCUGCACAAGAGCCUGGUGUGCACAGCACUGCGGGGCAAAAUCUCAGUGUACAACGAGAUGGAAGCCAAUUUUAAGAAUCUCAGUCGGGCUUUGAUCAACAUUGCCUCGAAGCUCACCCACAGCAAAGACGUUCGAGACUUUUUCGUCGAUCUGGUGGAAAAGUUCGUGGAGCCAUUUCGGUCUGACAAAUGGAGCUCGAACGACGUGCAGCUUUUCCUGAGCCAGUACACGGCCAGCGCGCACACGUUGGAAGUGUUCAGGCAUCAAGCACUUUGGGAAAGAUACAUGGGGACUCUCAAAGCCUGCCUGCUGAAGAUGUACCAUGACUGAAUCCCUCUUUUCUGAUUUAAAAAAACAAAAGAAGUUAAUACUCCUUUAGGGAGAGACCAGUUCAAGGCCAAAGUGCCAAUUCUCUGUAGGCUGCUGUCCUCACACCCAGAACCCAAAGUUCAUCCUCCCCCCCAUCUUUUUUUCCGUUCUUUUUUGACCAUGAGGACUAGCCGACUAUUUUGGGUUUUUUGCUCGGAAGAAAUAAAGAAUCUGUUUUCUCGCAAGCCAGCACAGGGCUUGAUUUGGCUGGCUGGCUGGCUGAAGGGCACGCCGUCUUAAGGAGAGAAGGCCAUGCCUGGUGGGGGAUUAUGGAGGUUGUCGUCCACUAGUUCUGGCAAGGGAAGAGUGGUUUCAAGUGUCGGAAUUAAAAUCUAGUUUCUGUUUAUCGC